AUGUACCUUCUCUACGCUCUUCUCGCUAUUGUUGCCUCAGUAGCCGCCGCUCCAUCAGUGGUAGGAAAGGCCGGUCGAAAAGAUGGAUCCAAAACUAGGUGUAUUAUGUGCCCGUGGUGGAGGAGGAGGGAUGAAAGGAUACCCGACGGGAAAUCCAAAUCUAAUCCUUAUGAUCCUUAUAAUCCCUACGGCAAUGGAAAUGGAUAUAAUCCUUAUAAUCCUUACGGCAGUGGAUUUGGACCUGGAUAUGGACCAAACACUGGAUAUAACCCGUAUGGAUAUAAUAACCCGAAUGGAUAUAAUAACCCGAAUGGAUAUAAUAACCCGUAUGGAUAUAAUAACCCGAAUGGAUAUAAUAACCCGUAUGGAGAUAAUAACCGUUGGUACGGAUCAUCAUAUCGCAAGUGGACGUCUUGCCAACCAUAUGUCUACAAAUGGAUAAGGCUUCCGUCUUGUGUAGCCACUGAAGACAUCCACCUGGAUUGUUGGUGUUGUAGCUUGUCUUAUUCGAAAAUAAAUAGGUGCAAUGGCUUCUUAUUUUAA